AAGAGAUCGAUACGUCAGUACGUGACUGUGGCAGUGAUUUUGGUUGGCUGCUUCAUGAACUACUGCUGCAUCUACUUUCCUUCUCCCUUCUACCCACAGAUUGCUGCCAAAAGGAAAGGUUCGAAAGCAGACACAGAAGUUGGUGUAAUGGUCGGUAGUAUUCAGCUGUCCGCUGCCUUCGUGUCCUUGUUUACCGGAAAAUACCUAGACAAAUUGGGCGUCAGGUUCCUGAUGACAUCCGGGGUUUUUGUGGUCGGCGGAUGUACAGUGAUUUUUGGUUUUCUGGAGUAUGUGAAAGAGUGGUCACCAUUCAUUGGACUUAGUAUCGUCAUCAGAUUUGUAAUGGGAUUUGGAGAAGCUGCAUUUGAUGCAACAUCAAUGGCUUUGUUGCUAGGCAUGUUCCCUGCUCAUACAGCUACUAUUUGGUCUCUUUACGAAUUUGCCGGAACUCUUGGUUUUGUCUGCGGAGCACCGCUGGGUGGAUUUCUGUAUCAUGUUGAAGGCUUUUAUUUUCCUUUUGUGAUCAUUGGUGGCGUUUUGUUGUUGUCUACACCACUUUUGUGGUUUCUACUAUCAGACAGUCAUUCACUAACUGGAGGUACUGAUGAUGAUCGAGCUGAUGAUGAUCAAGAUGUGUCAUUGUUGCAGCUUCUGAAGAUACCAUCUGUAGUGCUAAUGCUCUUGAACAUGUUUAUUUGCUAUGCAGGGUUAGCACUUCUUGAGACAUCGUUGGCGGUGUACCUUGACAAAGAGUUUGGUUGGAGCGUGUCUCAUAUUGGAUUGAUAUUUCUUAUUGUAGGUGCAACGUACCUUGUCUCAUCUGUCGCAUUUGGUGUAUUGGUGGAUGCCACUAAUCCACGAAUUAUAAUGAUUAUUGGGUUACUAGUAGGGGCAUUCGGAAUGAUGAUAAUUGGUCCAUCAUUUGUGUUCUCAUUUCUGUCUCCUAAGCCAUGGUGUGUGUAUGUGGCGAUGGUAGUACUUGGAUUGGCAAUGUCUAUGAUUACAAUAUCUUCUGGUCCCGAUAUCAUUCACACUGCUACUUCAAGAGGAUACGAAAAGAACAUGGCAUUGAAUGGAGCUGUAUCCGGACUUGUGUUAGCAGCUACAUUUUUGUCUGGAACACUAGGUGCUCCCAUUGCUGGAGCCCUGACGGCUACAUUGAAUUUUCGCAUCUCUUCCUCGAUUUUUGGUUUCACCAUUCUUCUGCUGAUGAUUGUCACUAUUAUAGUGACUGUAGUAAAUGCUGUUAGACGACAAUAAACACUUGAACUUGAUACAUUGAGUGGUAUCUAUUCACUUUGUUUUGAGAAUAUGUUAAUUGUUAUUACUAACGUUUUAAUUUAUUGAGACUAAACAUAAAUUGAAAAAUUGUGUGUAUGGGCAUUAAUAAACUGAA